UAAAAAAUAAUAAAAGAAAAAAGAGCAAAGAAUGUCACGGACUAUGAGAAUCAUACAUAGAAGGCUAUAGAUGAGACAGAGCAGAAGAGUGGGGAGGUGAAGGAGAGGAAGAAGUGGAGAAUAGACUGUAAAUCUCGGAAAAGCAAAUGUCCUUUGGAGCCAAAUGGCAAAUUGUUCCAUUGUUCUGGUAGAAGUUGCCAGCACCCAUUUCUCAGUAGACACAGGCCACCAGGAUACUUUGUCCUCAGUGCAUUUUAGGUUUGUUAUCAAAUCCUAAUCUUUAGAUUCUAUCAGCAAAGCCAUUAAUUGCUUUUAAAGUUGUUGACUGUGGAGUGAGUAUUAAAGUUGUUAAUGCCUGCCAGAGGGAAAGACAAACAAAAUCCUUGUAUGUGGAGCGGCACAAGCUGGUACAAAAGUAGGAAAGCCUACGUGCCUGGAGACCAAAAGUGCAGAGCCCAGGGUCUAAAAGGGAGACCCAAUCUCCCUUCAUGAGCCCCAAUUCCUGGCUCUGCCACAGUGCCUUGCGUGCUGGCAGACAGUUGAAAAUCACCACCAUGAAGAUCCUGGUCUUGAUCUGGGUUUGUCUACACCUCUCAGAGGGUUUGGAAAGAAUCAUUCUGAAGAAAGGCAAGUCUCUUCACCAGGUGAUGGAGGAGUAUGGCGUACUGGAGACAUUCCUAAAGAACCACCCAAAAGUUGGUCCAGCUGCCAAGUAUUUCAAUAACGAAUCUGUUUCUUAUGAGGCCAUCACCAACUAUAUGGUUUCAUUCUACUUUGGGAAAAUCAGCAUUGGGACACUGCCCCAAAAUUUCCUGGUCCUCUUUGACACUGGCUCCUCCAGCCUAUGGAUACCCUCCACCUAUCACAGCCAGGCCUGCUUUGAUCGCAACAGGUUCAACCCUAGCCUGUCCUCUACCUUCAGAGAGAACAGGCAAACCUAUACACUGUCUUAUGGAAGUGGCAGCCUGAGUGUGGUCCUGGGAUACGAUACAGUGACUGUUCGGAACAUCGUUGUCAAUAAUCAGGAGUUUGGCCUGAGUGAGAAUGAACCCAGCAACCCCUUCUACUAUUCAGAUUUUGACGGGAUCCUGGGCACAGCCUAUCCAAACAUGGCGGUGGGGAAUGCCCCAACAGUCAUGCAGGGGAUGCUGCAGCAGGGCCAGCUCACUCAACCCAUCUUCAGCUUCUACUUUUCUCACCAACCAACCCAUCAAUAUGGUGGGGAGCUCACCCUGGGAGGUGUGGACACCCAGCUUUAUUCUGGUCGGAUCGUCUGGACGCCUGUCACCUGGGAACUCUACUGGCAGAUUGCCAUCCAGGAGUUUGCCACUGGUAACCAGGUCAUGGGCUUGUGCUUCCAGGGCUGCCAGGCGAUUGUGGAUACUGGGACCUCCCUGCUGGCUGUUUCCCCGCAGUACAUGGGCUCCUUCUUGUAGGCAACAGGAGCCCAGGAGGCCCAGAAUGGUGAUUUUGUGGUUAACUGCAACUAUGUACAGAGCAUGCCCACCAUCACCUUCAUCGUCAGCGGGUUCCAGUUCCCUCUGCCUCCCUCUGCCUAUGUCUUCAAUAACAAUGGCUACUGCAGGCUUGGGACUGAGGCCGCUUGCCUGUCCUCCCUCACUGUGUAGCCCCUGUGGAUUCUGGGAGAUGUCUUCCUCAAGGAAUAUUACUCUGUCUAUGACAUGGCCAACGGUAGAGUGGGCUUUGCUCUCUCUGCCUAG